AGUCUGUCAGCAGAUAAAUGAAACUAUAUCACAGUGCGAAUUAGCGCAGACAGACUAAAAACUGCUGGUGAUUUUUGGAUCUGAUGGCGCUCCGUACUCAAGACUUCUGCGUUCACUCUCAGCGAUGUAAACGCGUCUGCAGCUGUUGUCAUGAUCGGAGACGCCGCGCACAUUUUCCCAGCAGAAGAUGGUUUGUUUGAGGAGACGUUCAGCACAGAUAACACAUACAGAGUUCACGGACUGAACGUCACGAUCCGCCAGGACUACAGCGCGAGGCUGGGCGUCGCUGCGUCGGUCUGGGACUCCGCUCUGCAUUUAUGUCAGUUCUUUGAGAGCGAGUCUCUGGAUCUCAGUGGGACGCGAAUCAUAGAGUUGGGCGGAGGAACAGGACUGGUUGGCAUAGUGGCUGCACGAUUAGAUAGAGAGGAACAUUGCAGCGAACACGCCUCUCUCAGGAUGGCCCUCAGGGGCCCCCGCUGUGUCAGCGCUGGCGUGGGGCCUGGACCACAGCCGAUUCUCCUCCAGCUGGGACUUUGUGCUGGGCGCCGAUAUCGUCUAUCUGCCAGAAACCUUCCCUCUUCUCUUGGACACACUGGUUCAUCUGUGCCAGGACGGGGCUGUUGUCUACCUGGCGUCAGCGAUGCGCAGAGAACACGGCGCUCAAGACUUCUACGACCGCAUGUUACCGCAGAAGUUCAGCGCGGAGCUCGUGCAAAGAGAUCCUGAGAACAAUAUCAAUAUUUAUAAAGCUGCUCUGAGAUGAGCCGUCCAUCCAUCCAUCCUCCAAACCGCAUGUCUUGUGUAGCGUAUCAGAGUCUAUUUUAUUUUUUUAUCUGGAGCUGGGAGGUUUGAAUAUGUACUAUAUGCAUAAAUGUAUUUAUAAAUACCAGUUUUGUGGCAUAUUGUACACUUCCGUGAAAUUGUUGUUCUCCAUUAAAUUUUUAUAAUGAAAACGUAUGUUAAUUCACCUGAAUAUCACCUUUAUUUAUAUAGCGCUUUUAACAAUACAGAUUGUGUCAAAGCACUUAACAGUAUCAAAUUGGAGGAUAGAGUGUCAGUAAUGUAUAAUGAUAAGAUUAAACACUCAAUUUUCAGUUAAAGGCAUUUCAUUAUUGAAUUCAGAGAUGUCAUU